AUGGAUAAUAUACUUGCCGCUGUGGAAUUUCCAGUCACCAUCAACAACCAACCGAAAGUAGAACAAAUUAUACACUAUGCAUCAAUUGUCAAUAUCAUAAUUUCACUAGUGGUUGGUAUCGCAACCAACUCAUUACGAUAUUUGUCAUACGCCUUUGCUGCUCAGUUCGUUAUUAUCAUCACCAAUGAACAUUUGGACCCAUUGCAAACCUACAACGUUGAAUUCGAUUCCCAAUUCAAAGACAAGUAUGGUAUACAUAAAGGAGUGAUUGCAGGGGACGGUGGCGAGAUAGUUAGUCCUGUGGCCAUGUGGUUGGAUGCCAUUGAUUACCUAUUCGCUCAAAUGAAGAAUGACGGAUUUCCAUUUGAAAAAGUGGUUGGAAUCAGUGGUUCGGGACAACAACACGGAUCCGUGUACUGGUCACACGAUGCAAACAAUGAAUUGCAGAGUUUGAAACCAAGCUCAAACUUGAGUGAACAACUCAAGGGUGCAUUUUCGUGGGAAAUGUCUCCCAAUUGGCAGGACCACUCCACCCUCCCAGAGGCCAAAGCUUUUCAUGACGCUGUGGGAAAGGAAAAGUUGGCAAAAACCACUGGCUCUAGAGCUCAUUUACGGUUCACAGGGUUGCAAAUACGCAAGUUUAUCACUAGAUCACAUGGGAAGGAGUAUGAAUCAACAUCGAGAAUCUCAUUAGUCAGCUCAUUCGUAACAAGUGUCUUGUUGGGAAAGAUUACUGAGUUGGAACAGAGUGACGCAUGUGGAAUGAAUGUGUACGAUAUAAACAAGUCUGAUUAUAGUGAUGAGUUGCUUGCAGUUGCUGCUGGUGUGCACACAAAGAUUGACGGUGUUUCAAACGAUGAUCCAAAGUACCAAAGAGCAAUUGAUGAUUUGAAGGCCAAAUUGGGUCCAAUCAAUCCAAUCACUUACAAGUCUUCAGGGUCCAUUGCCGACUACUUUGUCGGAAAAUAUGGCUUUUCUAAAAAGUGCAACAUUUACUCAUUUACUGGUGAUAACUUGGCCACUAUCUUGUCCUUGCCUUUACAGCCUAACGACUGUUUGAUAUCAUUGGGCACGUCAACUACGGUCUUGUUGAUUACAGAAAAUUACCAACCAUCGUCACAGUACCAUUUGUUCAAACACCCCACCAUGCCAAAACAUUAUAUGGGUAUGAUUUGUUAUUCUAAUGGAGCACUUGCCAGAGAAAAAGCCAGAGAUGAAAUCAACAAGAAGCACCACGUUGAAGAUCAAAAGUCCUGGGACAAAUUUGACGAGAUUUUGGACAACAGCUCCGAUUUCAAUGGCAAGUUGGGAAUAUAUUUCCCAAUUGGUGAAAUUGUACCACAGGCACCAGCACAAACCAUUCGUGCUGUUUUGAACAAGAAAUCGGAUGAUGAUUAUGAAGUAGUCGCUUGCGACUUGGGGUCCAAUGGGUUUGAUAUCGAUGAUGACGCAUUGGCAAUUGUCGAAAGUCAAACUUUGAGCUGCAGGUUACGUGCUGGGCCAAUGUUGAGUAAAUCCGGGUACCGCAAACACGACGCAAAUACAAAAGGUAACUUCGACACCACAUCCAAGGCAAAUGAAUUGUAUCAACAAGUGACCAAGAGGUUUGGUAAAUUGUAUACUGAUGGGAAAGAACAAAAUGUGGACUCUUUGACAGCACGUCCAAACAAGUGUUACUACGCUGGUGGUGCUUCCAACAACCUCAGUAUCAUUCACAAGAUGGGACAAAUCUUUGGCCCCACAAAUGGUAACUACAAGGUUGAAAUCCCCAACGCAUGUGCUUUGGGAGGAGCGUACAAGGCCAGUUGGAGUUAUGAAUGUGAGCAAAGGAAUGAGUUUAUCGGAUACGACGAGUACAUCAAAAAGCUAUUUGAUACUGAUACUGAGUUGGGUGGGUUCAAGGUAGCUGAUAAGUGGUUAGAGUACUUUGAUGGGGUCGUGCUUAAACCUACACGCUGUAGCUUCCAUAGACAGCUAUCCACUCUACUAGCUAAAGAUCCCCAACUGAUAAAAUUAGAUGAUGUUGUCCACCCAUCGAUAAAUCAUGAGGAUGAAGAAGGAAGAGUCAAAGUAGUCGAUGCCAUUGCGAAAUCUGCUAACCCACACAAGACGGAGUUGUACAAACAAUUGAUACCCACUUUCGGUACAUACUUCCAAAUGGAACAGCUUGGCAUAGCCGAUGAGUACCUAUUGAGACAUUUCAUCAACAUCAACCCAGGAAGAGUGUUUGAUACAUUUGAUCUACUUGAAAAACAUCAUUUUCCAGAAACAAGUGGUGAGUUUAAAAAAGUGGUGUUGAAGAAAUUAGUUAAAGAGUUUGAUAGCAAUGAGGAGCAUUCAAUUGAACGAAUUGUUGAGUACUUGAACAAGAAUUUCGGGGGAAUAGAGGAGGCCCAUUUCAAGGAUUUGUAUGCCACGUUACUUCGUCGUAAAGAUGUGACCCAGUUGAACCAGUUGAUCACCAGUGUCAGUGUGGACAGAGAGACCCUACUUAAAGAAGUGUUUGCAAACUAUGAUGAUCCGUUGGCAAAAUUCGCUUUAUUGAGAAGCUUCGAGGGAUGGUUCAAAGAGCCGGAAACAAUAAAGCCAUGGAUCUACGCAGUUAUUCUCAAUAUCUGCAACUUUCAAUUGCACCAAAUAAAGGAUAUGUACAAGAAAGCUCAUCUCAAGUUGGACGUUGACGAGUUGAAUCAAAAAAUUAUAAAAUACAUCAUCGAGUCAAAGAUUGACGUUCAAGCAGAAAACUUGGUACUAAGGAAAACAUUGGUUGAAGUACUUGGUAUAUCUCAAAACAAUCUUGGUGAAGCAUUGAAAGUAUUCCAAAAGUAUGAAACUUUUGUCAAGUAUGGCAUAUCCAAUGUUCAAAUAGCCAUGGUGAAGGCAAUUGCGUACCAAGCGAUCAAACAAGACAAGGAAAUUUUCAAAACAAUGGCCGAAACCAUGAUCCCACCAGACUUGACAAUUCAACUAUUGCAAAUACUCAUCCUUGUUAAAUCCUACUUCAAUCCUAAUGAUGGAUUGGCAUUGUACAAUGACUAUGUCAAUCAAGUGUCGGGCAAGGUCAAAGACGGUUCAUCUCAAAAGGGUUUGCUCACACAGUCUGUCAUAUUGGGAUUUCUCCUGAACAAUGAUCGCGAGUUUGCCUUUCUAUUGUUUGACAAGGCUACUGAAAAUGGAAUCAUUGUGGAUGAGUUUGAAAUUGCACAGAUCAAGAAAUUGUUCAAAAUGUAUAGUGAUUGUUUUGUUGAAGAUGAAAAUUGGGAUGCAACUGCUAGAGAAAAGAUGAGAGAUGAGGUUUUAGAAUACGUUGAAAGAAUUGGGUCGUUGCAAGUGAAACUAUUGGCUGCAAGUGAAGGAGAGUUGUGA